AUGGUUAGUAGAGCUGUCUGGCCAGUGUUGGGGAUCCAGCCUCUCAACCACCUCGAGCACGCCACUCAAAUCAUAGCCAAGGCCACAGCACUGCUGGAGCUCGACAGCACCAAACGCGCCAAACUACCAUCCCAAUUUCUGGAAGCCUUCGUCAACAGCAUGAUUACUCUAGCUAAGAAAACCCGAGAGCAACCGUCGGCGCAGGAGAUUCUUGGAAAACUGAACAGCUUGCAGCCGAUGAGAGGACAUCACCCUCAAGGAUGCAGUCAACAACGCACUCACCAUGCCAACUCCUCCCCCCAAUUGCACCAAAUGCAGCCUCUCAAAUUGCCUCCUGGGCAGAUGUAG